AUGCCUCUUAAUCUUGAAGACAUUCGUUCGGGAGACAUCCGCUCCGUUCGAGUGCAACCUGGCAUAAACUCCUUUACAGAAAAGGAGCACGGUUACCUGGACGGCGGCAUACUGGGUAAGACAUCUCCCCUUCGCGUUAUCCUCGAUACUAACCGUCUUAACCUAGAUCUGCGCAAGGCCAAGGCCUAUAACGGCGGACUUCAAGUCACUGAAAGACGCAGCUACAGUGGAGUCAAGGCCGCGAUCCCUUCACAGCUGGCUUGGCUUUUGAACAAUCGCAUUCUCCAGCAUCAGCAAAACUUUCCGAAGCAGUCUUUAAGCGCACAGAUACGCGACGCGAUGAGGGAAGUCCUGGCCAUAUACUGUGGCGAUGGCGUCUUGUUUGACUUUACGACCGACGAUGAAGAGUAUCUUCGCCGAGUCCUAGCAACAAACGCGAGCGAUACAAGCCUGAUCUUUCGCAAGAAUCCUCGAGCUUUCCCCAAGGUGUUCAAGAACUGGGAACCAAAGGACACAGAGUUCACAAACUCCCUCAACGGAUUCAAGAUCGUCUUGGUGGAUACCCAGAAGCGACCGCUGAUUCAAGUCGUCGUGGGUGAUUACGAGGAACACCAAGGACCAAACAACAAAGUCAAGAAGAUCACCUGGUACAAACCGUCAGCUAGCAAUUUGCCUCCAGCAAGCCCUCUCAAGCGCAAGACUGGCGAUGUUCAGCAAAAGGAUUGCACCAACGACGCGACGACCUCUCAGGAUCCCUUCAAGAAGCCAAAGGUUGUUGAUAGACUGUCAGUCGAAGUCAAGCGCAGUCCUGCGAUUGAGUCUGCCAGAAUUGAGACCUUGGAUACCAAGGUUUAUGGUACGAGCAUUCCCUUCCCACGUGAUACUGAUACUGUCCUCAUACUUCUUUGUGCUAACGUGGAGGAAAUAGACGCUCGCAAGAUCCGAGGCAUGCCAGGAGGAUUCGAGAUUGGACCCAACCAGAGCGGCUUCGCCAGCUAUUUCACUGGAUUAUCCGGAAUAAGGGUCGCAGUGCCUUCGGAGCUCGCCAAGUUCCUGAGAAACAAGGCCAUUGAUGCGGCAAACAACGCUCAACGUGGCGGGUCACCGCGUGAGCGUGUCACCGCUGCUGUUCAAGAAUUCAUGUCAGAGGAGUUUUCUGGACAAUGCGUCCUCAUGAAUCUGACAACUGAAGAGGAAGCCAAGUUUCUCCGCGCCUAUGACGGAGACGACUACAGAUCAGUCGCUUUCGCGGUUCGUGCGCGCCCUGCUUCCGUGGAUUCAAUGUCCGUCUUCCAAAUUUGGGAUCCCACGGCCACCACGGUGGAGCGUGCAAUGAAUGGCCAGGUUACGGUCAUAUUCAAGGACUACUACGGAGAAACCUUGAUGGGUGCUUGGGUUGAUGAGUGA